AUGUCAUCGAGUGAUAGUCAUUCAUUGACUUAUGAGUCAAUUGUCGAGUCGUUUGUCGUCCACCGAAAGCCAUAUAAAUGCGAUUACAAUGAAUGCGAAAAAAGUUUCACAACUCAAAGCCGAUUGAAUGCACACAAAGUCCGCAGACAUGCCAUCGAUAACCAUAAAGAGGUUAUCACUCGGGAACCGAUCGCCAGCGGCUCCGAUGGUGUCAUUGCCGGUGGACAGCAGUCAACGGCCAGUCCUAUGACCGGUGCUAUCAGUCCUGACACCCGAUCGGUGGACAACAAACAUGAUUUGGGCUCCGAUGUCGAGGACGUGAUACUAACCCAUGAGUACAGCGCCGGUAAAGCACCGGACGGUACAAACUCGGCGCCAAUAGUCAGUGGUCAGCCAUUGCCGGACACCGACUCUGUUAUUAUGCAGUGUUUUAAUAGUAAUAACGCAAACACUAGUCAAACACCAGCGCCCGGAGCUCUACCACAUGACCCGACCCGUGGAGCUAGUGUUGAGUCAACACUAUAUCAAACACGCGAUGGAAUAGAGUUAACUCAAGUCGUUGGCCAACACUACACGCCUACUGUCCACGAAAUGGCCGCUCAUAACAGCCCCGACAGUCACUACUCGGCCACCGGUUGUCUCGACCCAACUGUGCUACACCGGGACCUGAGGGACAAACCGUGCGAUUUGUGUGGCAAACGGUUUCGCACCGACACCGGAGUGGAGACACAUAAAAAGCGCUUUCACCCCAACGGCGGGCCCACCGACUGUCCGGCACCGCCGGCGGACACAAGUAGUACCGCAACUAAUGGUGACAUUUCUGGCGCGAGUUGUAGACCACAACACCCGCAGUCAACUCCCUGA